AUGAGCAAGAAGGAUACAAAUGAGUCGUCACCACCGGUAUCUAGUAAGUCACAUCCCCAAUUAACUUCAUACGAUACGGUGGGAAAUGCAGAGAAAAAUAACCUGCAACUUCAGCAACGAAGCAACGAACUACCAGGGUCCUUAGUACCCAAAGAACUUGGUAAAAAUAUGGAUGUUGAUACCAUUAGAGAUAAAUUGGAAGAAGAGGCCAAUAUCUACACCAAAGGGGUCAAAAAUGCCGAUGUGGACUGGUUCCUCAGGGAUGCGUCCAUGGAUCCCACGAUUCCAUUACCUAAACUAAUCGCCAGCGCCGACAAAAAUGACAGAGACAAAGAUAACGAUAAAGAACAAGACACACCUACAUUAACGGAGCCAACAUCACCACUGACUCCUACCCGCACAGUUAAUUCACACUUGAAUACUGAUAUCUCCAAUUCGAAUGAUGCAAUUGUUACCAAAACAAAACCAUCAAUCUCACCAGUACAGGAGGAAAAUGUUCAUACAAAGUAUACACCUCAUGUACCUGGUAACAAUGACAUUCACCCUGCCAAAGCCAGAAGGAGAAGUAGUACUGGAGGAAGCUCAGGGGGCUUUUUUUCCAAAUUAAAGGGGAAAUUCUCUAAAGAAAACAAUGAACCUGCACCGAUAUCGACGCCAAAUCAUUCAGGUGAACGCUUGUUUAAAGCAGACUACAACAUGACCAAACCAAACACAUCAAAACCAGUUCACGACUCAACUUCGAGCUCCAGAGAUGCACCUUCAAAGAAUGUAACCCCAUCGGUAUCUAGCUAUGAGCCAUCAAAAUUGGAAAGGACAAAAACAGCCCCUCUUCCAUCAACUACCUCACACCCAGAUCCAAGACUUGAAGAGUACAUUAAGUUUUAUAAGCAAAGGGACAUCCGUCGCGGCUCUACGGCAUCGAGUGCCUCGAACAAUAGUGACACAUCUACUAAACCUAGCGUAUUGAUCAAUGGGUAUGACGAUACAAUCUAUAAUGACAGGCCUGGUGGUUCUUCUUCCACACAAAAUGAAUCUACAUCUUCCCGCCUUUCCCACUUUUUGAGGAGAAAAAGUUCAGUCAAAGCUGAAAACAGUUCUUCCGCUAUACAACCACCAACAUCAUCGGCAUCGCUAGCAUCGUCCUCAUCACUACUGACAAGUCCACCUCCCGUAAAAGAUAUUGAGCUAAAUCCUGCAUUCAAAGGGCUAAAGCCAUUAAAGAGAGUAGCAUUUCACUCAUCCACAUUUUUGAUUGACCCCCCUCAGCAAAUCCCAUCACGUACACCUCGAAAGGGAAAUGUUGAUGUUCUUCCCAACGGACAGGUGAGAAUAAAUCCAUUGACAGAAGAAGACAAGGAAGCUAUUGAGAAAUCUCAAAUGGGAAUGGGGGGUGGAAUUGUCGUUGGCGGUACGGGGGCAUUGGGUUAUAUACCGAAGGAUGCACCAAAGGAUGCAGAGAAUAACAAUGAUGAAUUGGAUGGAGAUGACGAGGAUAAAGAGUCACAAGGAUUGUCAUCUCAGGAUGAAGAUGAGCCAGCGAUUGACCAACACGCAAAGAACAUCGCCAUUGACAAGUUUAUGGUUCACCACCAACCAAUGAACUAUACCGUACCAGUGAAGAAGAUGGCACUCGACACCAUGUAUUCUCGAUGUUGCCAUUUACGUGAAAUUUUGCCAAUCCCGGCAAUAUUAAAGCAGAUUCCGGAAGGAUCAAUGGCGCCACUUCCUGUUUUGCAACUUCGUAAUCCUCAUCCAACCAUGAUUGAGGUGCAAACAUUUGCCGAUUUUGUACGCAUUGCUCCCAUAGUUUGUGUUUCCUUAGAUGGGGUCAAUUUGUCCGUUGAGCAAUUCAAGAUUCUUUUGUCUGCCAUGAGUGCCAAGAAACAGUUGGAAAAGUUGAGUUUAAGAAAUACCCCAAUAAACCAGGAAGGAUGGUCCUUGUUUUGUUGGUUUUUAUCGAGAAACACAGUGUUGAAUAAGGUAGAUAUUACACAAUGCCCAGCUUUAGCGGUUAAUGUCUUGAAAAAGAAGAAGAAGAAGACCCAAGCUGAGUCGAAAAAGUAUGAAGAAGAUUUGAAAAGAAUGACAUGCAACAAGGACAAUCGUUCCGACAUGGAUUGGUCAUUAUUUGUUGCAACGUUGGUUGCCAGAGGUGGUAUUGAAGAGUUGAUUAUGACAGGAUGCUGCAUAACAAACGUUGAGAUAUUUGAAUCUUUGAUGGAGUUGGCUGUUCUGAAGAAAACAUCAAGAUUGGGAUUGGCAUUCAACAAUUUGACACCUCGACACAUUAGCAUUGUUGUUAAUUCCUGGUUAUUUGGCGAUUUUGCCAGAGGAUUAGAUUUGGGAUACAAUGACUUUUCCAGCACCAAGAUUUUGAAAAUCUUUUUGGAUUUUACUAAGCGUUCGGACUAUGAGAUGAUAAUCCUGAAGGCGACCCUAUCAUUUUUAAGUUUGAACUCAACCAAUUCCGUCUUUAACGAUGCCUUUAAAGAAGUUUUUGAAAAUAUAUUGAUGAAACUACCAAAUUUGAAGUAUCUUGAUUUUUCAAACAAUCAAAGAUUAUUUGGCACUAUGGUGAAUUCACACGGCGCAAACUCAGCAGCUACAAGUGUAGGUGCAAAUUCAAACGAACAUGCAACCAUUACAUAUUUUACCUCGAAGUUGCCACUUUUCCCAAAGUUGACGAGAUUGCAUUUGGAAAAUGAAAACUUUAGCCAACCUUCAAUUCUUCAGCUUGCAAAUGUUUUACCAUUUUGUAAAACUAUGGGAUAUUUUUCCAUCCUUGGAAACUAUAUUGAUUCCACUUCAGCUUCGGCCUUGGUCAAUGCGACGAAAAAUUCAAAAACUUUGAUAAACUUGGAUUGCAACUCGGAUGAAUUUCCGGAAUUGUUUAAGGAGCGCAUUGGUUUAUACACUAUGAGAAAUAUGGAGAGACUAUUGUACGAUUCAAAGCAAGAAGCGGUGCCAUCAUCUGCAGAACUGCCCUUGAAGGAAGCAGUAACACAACCCACGUCAUUAACGGAGCAAUUGAAUAACAUUUUAGAAUUAAAGGCUCAAAAGAAACUAAACUUGUCAUCGCCCGAAGUGAUUCAACUCUUUAGUCGGGCCAAUGAAAUUAGAAAGAGUUUAAAAGAGUCAAUUGAAGAAUUGCUCAACUUGCAGUUGAAAAAUGCGUUGGACCUUGAUGGUAAAGAGACGCUUAUUCGUCUCAUUUAUAUCGAUUCCAGUAUUGAAAAAGGGUUGCAAUUGAUUGAUCCAAACUUUACCGAUGAUUUUGGAACCAAGGCUAAUAUGUAUCUCGUCAAAGCUGGAGAAGGGCAAAACUCAACAGUGGGUGGCUCCGAGUUUCACGAUGAUGGCGAGAAGCACCCAGAAAGCGAAAUCCAUCUCAAACCUAAUCAAACGGUUCCUGCUAGCAAGUCGCCAUUGGUAUCUAAGUCAAGUUCUAAAACUAAUUUGGCCAAUUUAGAUAAACAAGAAGGAUCAAUGUUGAAAUUGUCAAGAUUGAAUGACUAUCACAAAAUAGAACCAGGGGAAUUUGACAUGUCUGGUGAUGACGUGAGGAAGCAGUUGAUGAAUGUUAAUCUUUCCGAUUUGGAUAAGGUCAUUACUUAUUUGGAUGAUUUGAGAAAGAAGGGUAUUUCGUUGGAGAAUGUUUUCAAGCACAAGCACAAGAACAAGGAAGGAGAAGCGGACGAUCAGGAGUUGAGCUUUGAGGCGCUACAUCUGAAGUUAAAGCAACUUUCAAAAGAAAACGUAGAGAAACAGGAUGCUUCAUCGACGACAAAGGAUAUUGGUGAGGAAACUGAAGGCAAAGACUCAGUACUUAGCAAGACCUACGAUCAAGUUUUAAAUAAUUUGACAAACUAA